AUGGUUAAACAAAGAGAUGAUUUGUGGAAGUAUGUAGAGGACUCAAAAGGCCGCUUCAAAUGCAACUUUUGUAACAAAGAGUAUGCGGGGGGUAUUUCAAGGGUCAAAUACCAUUUGUCUUGUCACAAAGGGCAUGAUAUUGGAAUUUGUUGCAAUGUGCCUGACGAUGUACAAGUUGAGGCACUUCGUGCACUAAGUAAGAAAGCUAAGACUGGGGAAAGUUCUACUGCAUGUAAUGUCAGUUCUUCACAAAACCCCAUAGAAAUAGGAAGACAAACUGGUCAACCUUCAAGGGUGCAACAACGAUCUGUUGAUGUAAUGUUUAAACAGAAAGAUAAAGAUGGAGUUGAUGAUGACAUGGCUCAACAUUUUAUUUUGAAUAACAUUGCCUUCAAUGUUAUUCAAACCCCUUUUUUUCAACAAAUGAUACGUUCUGUUGCUUGUUAUGGUCCAAGUUAUAGUAUACCUAGUUAUUCUACAUUGAGGACUAAGUUGGUGCAGAGGGCUAAGAAGAACGUUGAAGAAUAUGUUUCAACAGUUAAGGAGUCAUGGUCUCUUUCAGGAUGUACAAUAAUGUCUGAUAUGUGGACUGAUAUGAAGGAGCGUGCUUUUAUUAAUGUUAUUGCAUAUUCACCCAAGGGGGCUGUUUUUCUCAAAUCUUUUGAAUGUUCUGAUGCAUCCAAGACGGGGUUAUUUCUUAGAGACACACUUGAACCCAUAAUUGAAGAAAUUGGGCCAGAGAAAGUUGUUCAACUUAUCUCAGAUAAUGCUUCCAACUAUGGGGUUGCCAUAUCUUUAAUAAUGGAGAAAUAUCCUCAUAUUCAUAGGAUAAGGUGUGCUGCCCAUGGAGUACAGUUACUCUUGAAAGACAUAGAUUCACAAAUCCCCUGGGUCAAAGAGGUAUUUGAGAAGUCAAAACUGAUUAUUAGUUUUAUGUAUAAGCAUGGAACAGUCUUGGCCUUGAUGAGAGAAAGCACAGGAAACAAAGAGUUGAGAAAACCUUGCAAGACAAGGUUUGCAUCUAACUUUUUGAUGCUCAAGUCUAUUCUUGAAGUUGAGGAUUUCUUAAGAGUGAUGGUAGCAUCAGCAGAAUGGAGGAUAAAUAGGCAUUGCAGGUCUGAAUUGGGUGUGAUGGUCACUAAAAUAAUUCAGACUACAGAGUUUUGGCUUAAUGGGAGGGAUGUAUAUUCAAUUUUAGAGCCUCUUAUUAUAGUUCUUCGCUUGGUUGAUGGUGACGGAGCUACAAAUCCUUUUUUGUAUGAGGCAAUGGAAAGGGCAAGAAAUACUAUUAUACACCGUUGCAAUAACAACCCAGCAAAGUAUGAGAGGUUGUUGCAAUUGUUUGAUAGUAGAAAAGAGGCAAAUAUAUUACAUCCUGUGCAAGUUGCUGCUGCUUUUCUUAAUCCUUGUCUAAUUUAUGAGGGAAAAAUUUCAUACAACCAGAAUGAUGUGCAAAGGGCAAUGAUCUAUAUCACAAAGAGCAUGGUUCCUCCGAAUGAGAAGAAACAAUUUGGCAAAGAAAUAAAUGUUUAUUUGGACAAAGAAGAAAUGCUAUUUCAUGACCUCUCAUUGGCAAUGAUUGAUUGUCAUCCACGUAAGUAA